UAUAUUUCUAUUUCUAUUAUAAAUAAUUACUUGUUUAUGGUAAUUGAUCUCUCAAUCUCAUCUAUCUUUCGGUUCUGCCCAGUCUUUUUCUCUGUCCAUAGCAAAAUCUACGUGGUGUGAACGCCAUGGUGUCGGCUUGUGGAUUUGCAGAGGUGUAGUGAGUAGUGCUCGUCUUCCUCAACACUUAGCUAUCAUCGUAAAUGGUGAUCUGAUACGCGCAAAUGUGAGAGGGAACUCAAAGGAGAGGAUAGAGAAAGUGAAACAUUACAUUACCUGUUUUGCUCUUACUUUUUAGUAACGGCGACCGCGAGCGACCGAACGAACUCCGUAAGGCAUGGGGUCGGAGCAGAAUAGAUUCCCUCAGCAGGAACGACGAAAGAGAUGGGGAGGAUGCUGGAGCGCAUUUUCUUGUUUUGGUAUACAGAAAGGCGGAAAGCGUAUUGUACCUGCAUCUCGUAUUCCAGAGGGCAAUGCAUUGGCAGGCCAGCCAAAUGGUCCUCAAGCUGCUGGAUUGAGCAACCAAGCUACAACACUAGCACCGUCACUGCUAGCACCUCCUUCUUCACCAGCAUCUUUUUCAAACUCUGCCAUCCCCUCAACAGCUCAGUCACCUAGUUCCUUCUUGUCAUUAUCUGCCAACUCACCAGGUGGUCCUUCAUCCACAAUGUUCACCACUGGGCCAUAUGCCCAUGAGACACAGCUGGUUUCUCCUCCCGUUUUCUCAGCUUUCACCACUGAGCCAUCCACCGCUCCUUUCACUCCGCCACCUGAAUUGGCUCACCUAACUACCCCGUCAUCACCAGAUGUGCCUUUUGCACAGUUCUUUACAUCAUCUAUGAAUAUCAAAAGCUCUGACAAAACCGGGUAUAUUGCUGCAAAUGAUCUCCAAGGAACAUAUUCACUUUACUCUGGAAGUCCUGCGAGCAGGCUCAUAUCUCCUAAAUCCAGGACAUCGGGUGACUGUUUGUCUUCAUCUUUUCCUGAACGGGAGUUCCCCCAACGGUGGGAUCCUUCAGUUUCCCCUCAAAAUGGAAAAUAUUCAAGAAGUGGUUCUGGCAGACGUCUUGGGCAUGAGAUGUCCGGUCCCUCUGUGGUAUCUCAAGAUACUAAUUUCUUCUGCCCCGAUACAUUUGCACGAUUCUAUCUGGAUAAUAAUCCACCAUUUCCUCAUACUGCUGGAAGAUUAAGUGUUUCUAAGGAUUCAGAUACUUAUUCCACUGGCGGAAAUGGGUGCCAGAACAAGCCAAAUAAAACUCCCAAGCAAGAUGUUGAAGAAUUAGAAGCUUACAGGGCAUCAUUUGGGUUUAGUGCAGAUGAAAUUAUCACUACACCUCAAUAUGUGGAGAUUUCUGAUGUUGCGGAUGACUCAUUUACCAUGACUCCUUUCUCGUGUAAUAAAUCUGUGUUGGGAGGAAAUAUGGAACCAGCUUUGGUCAGUGAAAGAAUACAAGGACAGUCUAUGCAGACAAACUUGCUCAGUCCUGGAAGCAUUAAAUCAGAUUCGGAUUUUGUUGGUGGCCGUGUAUUUUGUGAAGAGACUAAAUCAAUUUGGCAAUCUGGCAGUAUUUCUGGGUUCGGUGUUCCUAGUAACCAUAUUCUGAACGUUGAAGAGGACUUAUUUUCUAACAUGUCAGCAACGAAACUCAGUCGAAAAUAUCAUCUGGGUUUAUCAAGCUCUGAUGCAGAAAUUGACUACAGGAGAGUAAGGAGCUUGCGAGAAGGCAAAGGAGACACUUCAUGGCAUGACUAGAUCAUGUGAAAAAGAUAAUAUCAGUUUGCUCUGUCAGGUGUGGGACCUGAUAUCUAUCUAUGAUUGUUGGGCAUGUACGGUGUUUCUAACUCCAUGCUUCGCUGUGAAUUACGUAUGUGAUUGAGAUGCAGUCCUAGUUUAUUAUACCGCGGAACAUCAGUUGAAACAUGGCCUUAAGCCAUUCUUCUUGAUUCAUUUAUUAAUGGAAAGAACUUUGCAAGGUCAUCUUCUUUUUUUUUUUAAUUUUCUUUGGAAGUUUUGUAUUUGAACCUGUUAUUUGUGGAAAGUUGCAUGAUAAGAAAGGGCAAAUUGAAAAGGCCAA